UGUUAAAUAAUUAAAUAAUGUAUGACGACAGUUAUGACAACGUUUGUAGAAUAUGCUUUCAACGUCAAGAUACUAUAUUCUCGCUGUUCAGAAAGCAGAAGGGAUCAUCUCCAUAUGAUAAACUAGUUAAACACACAAAACUCAAAAUCGCUUUAGACGACGGCGGUCCAGCUUCUAUUUGCCUACAGUGUCUCACAGAUCUAGACACGACCAUCAACUUUUUAAAUAAAUGUGAAAAAUCGAAUGAAAUACUGGCCAUUAGAAAUUAUGAGAAAAAAGAAGUUUCAAAUUUGGAAUGCGGCGUUCCGAACGACAUCGUUUGUUUUUCUCAAGAAGAGAGCGUAGAUUCUGAGUUGAUUCGGCCAGUUAAGGGUAGUGUGGACAAUCAGGGUGGAAAACACAUAGAAUUAGUGACAGAAAGUGUUCAAUGUCCUCAAUGUGGUUCUAAACGCCGCUGCAAACAUUGGGCGCCGCCUAUGGCUCAUACCUGCCAAUACUGUCAAAAAGUGUUUACUAGAAAAUUUAAUUACACACUGCAUCUCAAGCGGCACCUAGGCGAGCGGGACUGGCCUUGCCCUAUCUGCGGAGCCUUACUGCUGACUCGCUGGCUGGCUACAAGACACUGUAGAAGACCACGGAAAGCCUGCCCUGUGCCUGGCUGCGACAAAACAUUCACUACAAAUACGAAUCUGGCUACACAUGUUAGGACUCAUAGCGGUGAGCGUCCCCACGACUGCCCAGAAUGUGGCAAGAGCUUCUCAUGUAAAAACACCCUUAAUGAUCACAUCAGGAUUCACACAGGCGUCAAACCCUACAUCUGCCCAGUAUGCGGCAAGCUCUUCGCCACAAACAAGCUCUCCACCCACAUAUUAUCGCACACAACCUCCCGGCCGCACGCAUGCGCGGCUCCGGGCUGCGCGCGCGCGUUUAAGUCGCGCCGCGCACUGACGCUGCACGUAGCGACGCAUGAGCACAGACGCGCGCACAAGUGUAGCGUGUGCGGCAAUAGAUAUAAUCAUACGCAGUCGCUGAAUAAACACAUGAAGAGGCAUGCCCAGAAAUCCAUUACUACGGACAACGUACAAAUAGAUCACAGCGACAUUUGAACAAUACGAACAAGUAUACCUAUAUACGAACCAAAGAGUUAUAGCUAAGUUCCUAUUAUGAUUUAUGCAAGACUAAUUUCCUAAAAAACAAGAAAAAAUGCGUGCAAAUCGCACGUGGCCGAAUCAUUUAUUUUAUAGCGUACGGUCAAGGUCGAGGCCUCCUCACAGAUAACUGUUUAAGAUCUCUAUUGGGUUAGUUUUGAGGUAAGGUAUAAGGUGAGGUAAGGUACAAAGUUUACCUAUUGUCUGCGGGAUAAAUAAAUGGAUUUUGAUCAAUGAUCAGUUUAAUUUCUCUGUAGUUUGUUGUAAUUCAGUAAGCGAAAUUCACUGUUAGUAAAUAGGUCAAUCAAACGACGAUUUAUGUUUUAGAAGUCGCUUUAUUUAAAUAACAAAUCAUUCACUGUAAAAAACGAUACAAA